AAUAAAGUAAUUGAAAUAACCGAUAAUUUUUUUAAAAACAAUAAUACUAUUAUAAAUAGUAUGAUGAGAGUUAAUUUGCAAAAAAAUUAUUAUGAUGAAUACAUAACUAAUAAUUAUGAAAUUAAUUUUGUUGAUUUUGUUAGUGAAAAGUUAAAUAAUUACUGCUUAAAUAUCAUUGGUAACUAUUAUUUUAAUAUUGGAUUCAAUCAGUUACUUAACCCUUCCACAGCCGAGCUGAAACCUCCUCAACACACCGACUUUCCUCAAGAGAGUGCAAUUCAAAUACUAAAUACUUUGUUCCGUGAAGGUAAUUGGAAGUUAUUGAAUCAUAUAAGCAUAAUAAGUCAUGAUGAAAUAAUCACUACUGAGCGAAUUAUUAGAGAUCCUGUAGAUAAGUUUAAUUUUAAUCUAAAAAAAAAACAUUUUAUACAACUGAUUAGAUGUAGAUAUACUGAAGUAUUAAAGAUUUAUAACACGUAUAUAUCUGCUAUAAUACAAAUAUGCAGAAAUGAAUUAAAUGAAUUAAAUGAUACGAAUCUAGAUGGUAUAAUAGACUAUAUUAAUCGAUUUUUUAAUGCGGUUAAAGAUUCAAAAGAAAUGUUUACAUAUAUGUUGUUAGCUUUAGAUAAAUUAAAAGCUACAUCAAUCUGGGAAGUGAUGUAUAAUUCACAUGCAUGUUUGUCACAAACCUAUGAUUUAUUAAGUAAUUUAUUUCCGAAAAUUGAACAGCUUAAUUUAACGCAAUCUGAUUUUUUGAAUCUGUCAACCGAUGAUAUAAAAUUAAAAGCCAAUAACUUUUUAUUUGAUUUUCAAAGUGCACGAAAACNAGAUUUAAAAUUAAAAGCCAAUAACUUUUUAUUUGAUUUUCAAAGUGCACGAAAACAGUUUGACUCAACAUUUACCGAAGGAAAAGUUCAUUUCAGAAAACGUUGCCUGUUUAAAGAAGAUUUUUUAAAUAAAAAUCAAUUAUUACAAUCAUGGAAAGAUAUAGUUUUGUUCUCUAUAACUUAUAAAAUCACCAAAAGUCAAAAAGGUUCAAUAAAAUAA